AUGGCGGUCGAACGAGUGCUUUUUCAGUGCUUCAUCAUAUUGAGUUGGUAUGUCUUUUGCUGUUUUUCUAAUGAUCUUUUAUACGAACACGAUGAAAUGAUCCGCCAUGUUCCUUUGGAUUCGCCUCACGUCAUACGAAAACGUAGUAUAGAUCAGCCUCUACGGAUUUCGUUGGAUUUUCUCGACAUCAGCAGAUUAGAAGACCAAAACAGCGUAAAAGCUGUUUUAAACAAAGCAACCGAAUACUUCAGUGAAACGUUGAAAGUUCGAAAGACGGUAUCAAAGAUCCUACUUCAGAGGAAAUGUGCAAAUAAUCGCUUUUACUUAAAAAAUAUAGAAGGAACCGGGCCUGGAGCAAUUCGCUUUUGCCAAGAAGCGUGCAAUGCCACGAGGAUAUUGUGUGGUCCAAGCGAAAUUCCGGAACACGAUAUAGACCAGUGUAGAGUUUGCGAUAACAACGGGCAAAACUGUCGUAAUGAUACAAAAUCAGCGGGCGAAGGACGUAAUAAUACGGAUUUUAUACUCUACGUCACUGCAGUUCCAGAUGGAAAUUGUAACCAUAUUAAAACGUUGGCUUAUGCUGCAGCAUGCCAGCAAGAGAGUGCCCUAGAUCGCCCUGUUGUCGGGUUUAUCAAUAUUUGCCCCAAAAAGGUCACGACUAGUGAACUCAAAACAAGCUACACCGAGGUUCUUGCUACAAUAAAGCACGAAAUAUUUCAUGCUCUUGGGUUUUCACCUUCUUUGUAUGCAUUUUUUCGGAAUGAAAGCGGCGAUCCAUUCACUCCACGAUUAGAAACCGGCCUGCCAUAUUUUGAUAGUAAACACAAACUUUAUCGCUGGAGUGAGAAGGUAAGAAUCUGAAGUCAUAAUGAAUAUUAGCUCUUCAUGAUAUUUUAACUAGUAUUUGAAUAGACAUUCUAUGAAUUUAAAACAUCUUAAGAAUAGCAUGACCUGUUGUGGGAACAAUUUUGUUGUUUUGAUAUUCUGAAGGUGUGAGUUCAUUAUUGUCAUGUAGUCUACAAAUAUAGGUGUAAUAAUAUUAUGAGAGGAAUGUUAGAGCGAUUUUUGUAUGACCUGGAAAUGCACGAACAAAACAGAAACAAAAAACGAACAGAAAUAGAGUGAUUUGAUUGGUUUAUUGAACGGAUACAAAUGCACAUGGGUUUUGGUAGGUUAAGCAAAUGAGGGGUAUGCCAGAAUUUGAGUGACAGGGAUGAUUGAAGGAUUUUUGGGGGUUGAAAUUUUCGAUUUUAGGAUUUUUUUGGGUAGGAAAAUUUUAGCAAGUAUUUUUUUGGGUAUUCAAAGCUAAUGUUUCUGUUUUUCGUGUUAUAUCAUUUAAUGUUUCCUGGAAAUUUUUAUGGCUCAGAAAUUUGGCAUGGGAGUUUUUGGGGUUAAAUUUUGGUCCAGGGAUUUUUUGGGGUUUUGUCGGAAGCCCUAGCGAUUUGGUUGGGUUUUGAUUUUUGCCCACAUUCGAUCAUCCCUGUCACUUGAAAUCUGGAGUAGCCCCCUUGGGGCUCACUAUUCCUGUCCUGCACUUCCCCAGCUGGCCUUUUAAUAAACUGUGUAUAUGACUGUUUCUUCAAAACAUUUCUCUGUUUCUGAUUGGCUCAAACAUCUCAGCUUCAUUGUUCAUCACCAGCUAACACUGACCAAACUUGAAAGGCAUAUUAUUAACCCUUUAAGUCCCAAUAGUGACCAAGAUCAAUUUUCUCCUAACAAUAUCCAUACACUGUCAAGAGAUGAGUUAUGAGAAUUAAUAAAAUGAUCACCUGAGAGAAAAUGCCCUGAUCUAUCAUCAAAUUCUCUCACUAAUUCCUAAAGGAAAUGUAUGGAGAUCAGUUUAGAGAAUUUGUAUGUGGAUACUGGGGCUUAAAGGGUUAAUGUUGCAAUAUCCAAUAAAAUGAUGUCAAAGGUGCUAAGUAAUCGCACAGAAAGUUAUGACAACUGAGAAGUCUGGGGAACUGGGUUGCAUUUGCUCAGCUUUUUGGCCACAGAAAAUGGCGGAAAAUUUCAUGACGAAAAAAUAGCCAAACUUCUACCUAGAAACAUGCAUGGAACAAGAACUGCAAAAAUACGACUCAGUGGAUUUGAAAACUGCUAUUUAAAGAAUAUCUGCUAGACUAGACAUCUCUUUAAAUCCUGAUUUGUUGAGGAACUGGCAAUGAAGAUGAGAACUUAACAUUGAUUAAGGUUAAAUAAAACAAUUAUUGAAUUUUUGCUUUUGUAUAGAUAAUUAUGCAGAUUCUACUCAGUCUCAUUCAGCGACUGCUAAUUAUAGAUAAAUAUUAUUGUAAUGCCUGGAAAGCAGUGUGGAAUAUACGUGUUGUUGUUAAGUCCUGAAUAUUUUAAACAGUCUGUUCAGGUGUAGUUACUAGUUCAACAGUCCUAAACAGAUUUGGACACAUGGUCAUAAAAUAAUGAUGUUGCAAUAACUUACAGCCAAGCCAGGUGAAGCGUACCCCCCAAGCUCCCAUUAAUGAAUUUAUUAUUUGAAAGUUGAAUCCUUUGGUAGUUGUAGAUUUCAGAUUCAUCUCCGCAUUCUUGCAUGCGUAAUGAGCUGUGAAUUCACACGCGAGGCAGUUACGAAAUUUCUACCAACUUAGCUACCCUGAAUUUGAUGUAAAUGUCUUCUAAGAAAUAUAAUCCAUUCAAAGAUUUUCAAUCUGACCUAAUACAGAGAAGUUCUCGUUAGAUAUUCACUGCUCAUUACGCAUGCAGAAUUUGACAAAAGAUGCGGGAACCAUGGAUUCACUUUUCAAAUAAUCAAUUCAUUAAUAGAAUCUUGGGGGGUACGCUUGACCUGCUUUGACUGUAAUUAUGGUCAUUAUGUUGGCACUUCUGUCACAGGUUGUAAAGGAAGUUAGAAGAGAAAACUGGCUCACAUCCUCUGGCGCAAUAAACCACACUGUUCAUUUGUUGGUCACACCUAAAGUCAAGGAAGAAGCACGCCAACAUUUCAAUUGUAAUACUCUAGAAGGUGCUGAGCUUGAAAAUCAAGGAGGAAAGGGAACUGCAUUGGCACAUUUGGAAAAGCGGCUUUUUGAAAACGAAGGAAUGACUGGUAUUUUCACUCAUAACUCUGUUUUCUCUAGACUGACGUUAGCUGUGAUGGAGGACACAGGGUGGUAUAAAGUGAAUUACCAGAUGGCGGAACCUUUACAAUGGGGUAAAAACUUGGGUUGCCUGUUUGCUAAGAACAGUUGUGGUGCAUGGAUGAAAGCACAAAGUGAUGCUGGUAAAUCCAUUGCUCCUUUUUGCAAUCAGUUAAGGGGUAGUUCUGGAGGGAGGACCAGUUGUUCUGUUGAUCGGACAGCUGUUGCAAAGUGCAACUUAGUUCAAUAUAAGGAACGCCUCCCACAAGAGUAUCAGAAUUUUUUUAAAGGUUCUCUUCCUGGAGUUUUGAGAUUGGAGGCGAAGUAUGGUGGGAACAUCGCUUUGGCAGAUUAUUGUCCCUUUUACCAAGGUUUUACAUGGACAAAAAACAACAAAGAUAUAAGGUCUUCAUCAUGUGUUUCACAUCACAACAAUUUGGAGCAAGGUAAAAACUAUGCUUUAGAAACUUAUGGUAAUACAUCCACCUGUUUUGAACAAACCGUUAAGUGGACAAAAAAGAAAUGUGGUGUUCAUUGGACGGCAUCGAACUGGGGAAGUGGCUGCUAUAAAUAUGCAUGUGAGCAGGACUCACUAAAGAUCAUAAUUUCAGGAUAUAAAUUUCAAUGCUUUCACAAGGGUCAACAUAUUAAUGUUGCCCUUCAGUAUCAAGGUUGGUAUUAUCAAGGGGUGUUAGUCUGCCCAUCUUGUCAGGAAGUGUGUUCUGGCAGUACCAUCAGAUGCCCCCCAGAAGUGAUACCUGCACCGGAAAAUUCUCAACCAUUACCUAAAGUACUGACUUGUUCUCAAGGUUCAGUCCUGUGGACAAAGAAUUCUAGUCAUCUAAUGAUACUGCUAGUUGCGUACAAAUUUGCAGUAAUUCUUGCACUGUUUAGUUAGCUGUCGUUGUCUAAUUUAUUUAAUAUAUAUACUUUUUUAUGGUAAGAAACUGGUCUGUUUCAAGGUUCUUGCGCACCCCAGUCUGACAAUUACACUUUUCUUAUUUGCGUUUUUGUCAUUUAAAAGUGACCCUGGGUAGCAAUUUUUAUAGCUUGAGAAAACAGCUGACAUUGCACGACGCUAUCACUGGUUUC